UUGAAGGACUGCAGAGGACGGGGAAGUAGCAGGUCUCCAGGCUGAUCCACGCUGGGCCACGCCUGCUCCCUCUCUGACAGGAAACUGAUCCCGGGUCUGCGGGCAGAUGACAACUGUGUGUUUGCCAACUGUAAUGAGAGCAGUUUCCGCUGGUGUCGUGGAUCCAGCUGCUGCCGUGCCCCACGUGCCCACACCACCACCAGACUACCAGACUACCACACCACCAGGCUCAGGUUCAGUCAGACCACAGGACAGUUCAGCAGCUCCCCCACUUCCUGCGCGAGAAUCGAAGCAGCGCGGCUGAACAUGGGCUUCCUGUGACGCCGCUGUGUCUCUGGUCAAUUAGCGAAGUCGCAUCACUCCUCCGCCGCUGAGCCGUUGAGUCAUCUGCAGGGGGACUGGACGUCUUCACAGCCUUUCAGUCUUCACCUCGCUGGGAUGCUGUGUUCGUGAGGCCGUAGCUGUGUUUGUUCGGGAUAUACUCCGCAGCCAUGCUGCAGCAGUCAGAGCUCAUCUUUGACUUUGCCAGUGAUCGAUUCGGCCCGGCGCAGAUGGGGGGUCACCCAGAUUACCCCGCGGUGAUUGUGGAGCAGGUUCCCCAUCAACACCUGUUGACAUAUACAGGUCUGCUGAGCGAGCAGCAGACGGAGGAUCACCACCAGCUGCUCAAAGUGGAGCCGUGUGACAAUGGAGAGGAGGAGACCAUGGAGACACUUGUUGCUGCUGACUCUCUCCUCAGCAUGGACUGUGACGACGGCCUCUCCCUGGAACAGCACUACUCCCAGGCCUUCUUACCAUCGCUGGGUGAUGUGAUCACCACUCCCGUUACCCAGGUAACCGUGUCGGCUGAGGGGGUUGUGGGAGCUGUUGACCAGCCGCACUGGCGCUCGCUGCACAUGGAGAAACCUGCAGCGCAGCCGUCCAAAAAGAGAAGUCGGAAACCUCGGCAUCGACGGGCAGAGUCUCCCACACCAGAGAUCACAGUGAAAAAAGACAAAUACAACAAAGGAGGAAACACGCUUUACCUGUGGCAGUUUCUGAUGGAGCUGCUGCAGGACCGACAGGUCUGCCCGCGCUACAUCAAGUGGACCAACCCCCAGGCCGGGAUCUUCAAGCUGGUCAACUCCAAAGCUGUGGCCCGGCUCUGGGGCAGACACAAGAACAAGCCAGACAUGAAUUAUGAGACCAUGGGAAGAGCGCUCAGGUACUACUACCAGAGGGGCAUUCUUAACAAGGUUGAAGGCCAGCGCCUGGUGUACCAGUUUACCUCUCUGCCCAAAGACAUGGUGUACAUCACAGAUGGACACGGUGUCAAGGAGGAAGAAGAAGAUGACGAUGACGAUGAUGACGAUAACAACAGUGGCAACGAUGAGGGUGUGAGCGAUGACUCUGAGAGUACGAUAUCCAGCGUCCAUUCAGGGGAGGAAGAGGAAGACGAUUACCACCCACCACAAAAGAAGACCUCACUAGUGUCGUUCCGCGCCCCGCCGCCGGCGCAGCGGUCCCGGCCGGCCCCCCGGCCCCCGGCCCAGCGGGACUCCGUCCUGCGACCCAGCAACAGCAGCUUGAUCCAGGAGCAGCACCUGCCCAUCGUGUCUGCAGAGAUGCUGCGGACGCUGCAGAACCUGCAGAAGGUGCAGUCCCUGCAGCCCGCCGGCCACGCCUCCGUCUUCCAGACGGCCCAGCUGCUGGGGAGUCUGUGUGAGCAGCAGGCUGCUGCGGAGGUGGCUGUGGACGGCCAGGGGGCUCCGGGGACACCUCAACCUGCGUGGCUGGUGGACCUGGCCAGCUCUGACCAAUAGAGAACACCCUCAACAUCCACCUACCUUCACACACAUCCAUGCCCACACACUCCACACACUCAGGAUCUCUUACCGCUGCACCCGAAUGCCAGUGCUCAUAUCUCUUAAAUGUGCAAAAGAGGGAGAACUGAGUUUCCAUUUCAAAAACUGGCACAUUGUAUGAUUGGUACUCCCUCAUAAAGGAACCAAAAUCUCAAAAUGAACUGCCUGUUUAGUUUGGAAGGAAAGCCAGGGAAGACCAUAC